UUUCUGACACUAACAACGAUCCAAAACUGAUUGCGAUAUAUUAUUUGGAUGCAUUGAAGCGCAUUGAAAAAACACCUCGCAUACUUCGUUGCGAUGCUGGAACAGAAAGCAGUGUUGUUUGUCUUCUACAGCAGUUCUUUCGGAAUGAAGCAACCGACCACUUUGCUGGUAGUCGCAGCGUUAUUGUUGGAAGAAGCACUUCUAACCAGCGCAUUGAAAGAUGGUGGGGUACGCUACGUCAACAAGGAAUACAGUGGUGGAUUAAUUUGUUUAAGAAUUUGCGCGAUUCUGGUCGUUUCAAUGAACUCGACCAGAUACAUUGUGAAAAUUUGAAAUUUUGUUUUAUGAACCUAAUACAAACACAUCUGGAUAGAAUUGCUCAACAGUGGAAUGUACAUGAAAUUAUACCUCAGCACAAUUCCGACGCACAUUACGGAAAACCUGACAUUAUGUAUUUUUUACCUGAAACGUUUGGCGCGCUUGAUUAUGGUACGGUGGUUGACAAACGUGAUGUGACCUGUUGUAAAGACAUGUAUUCAGUUCCAAAGAGAAAGUUUGACGAAUUCAGCGAAUUGGCUUAUCUGUUAAAGCCCGACCUCCAAAUGCCAGUAGAUGCCGAUUCAGCAUUGAAUUUGUUCCUGGAGUUGAAUGAUUUAGUGGCAAACUCGUAUGAAGACUGACGUCUUUUUUUAAGCCAUAAAGUUGUUUUGUGAGAGAACAAAUGAUCAACACGAUCCAUCAUUAUCAUCAUCAUCUACAUCAUCAUGAUUAUCAUUAUAAGUAUGUUGACUGCAAUGAUGAUUGUCAUGAUGCUGCUCCUCAUGAUGAAGGUUGACUUUAUAAUUUAAAUAAUUAUGUUGUUGAUGAUAAGCAGAAGUUGAUUUCGAUGAUAAUGAUUAUAAUCAUGACGAUGAUGAUAACUAUAUUAACGAUGAUGAUCGUGAUGAUGUUGUAAACUAUAGUAUAAUGUAUUUUAUAGUUCAUAACGUACGUGGCAUAUGUUUAUUCUUAUGUUUGACAGUCAAUUAUAACAAACGAAUUUGUCACGAAAGUCAAAUGUUAUUUCUACGUUCAAAUACAUCAUGGCUCACAAAGGUCUGUUUGUAACCGUUAACGUUUCAGUCAAGUAAAACUACGGACCUGUGACAAGUGUAGACCCAGGUGUGCAGACUUACUAGGGCAGAUAUACUUAACUUUCAGUUAAUUAGAAUCUGGCUAUUAAAAUUAAUUCACUGCCUCACGUUCAUCUUUGUAGACCAAACGCCCUAGUACGAAACUUGCACAGGAUAUCUAGCCAGUACUACCGUAUUCUUCCUAGUAAUCGCCCAGGGCGCUUAGAAAAUUGUGAAAGGUGUGCGCUUAUUAGAAGUCAGGUCUUACAAAAGUAUACAAUAUGUAAGAGUCACAGCUAUGCAAAUUCUGUUGAUAUCUCGUAUUUAAAGUGGUCCCGUUUACUGUCAAAUCACUACAAUGGGGUUGAAAUGUGAAUAUUCACAGUCUUUCCUUGUACAGUGAAAUU